UGGGGGCGGCCGGGCCGAGUUGCGGGCGGUGUGUCGCGACUCACCCCGCCUGGCGCGAUGCUCCCCGGUGAGGGCAGGCCUUCGCACCCUCUUCCCUCUUCCUUUCCCCCUCCCGGCGGCGGCGGGGAUGACGCACGUCCGGUGCGAUCCGUGCACAGUGCCCGCCCCCGCAACCAUGCCCGCCGGCGCGCCGUGGCCCAACUACCUGCGGGCGCUGGCGGCCAGCAUGCUGGCCAUGUUCGCGGGGGCCGAGGUCGUGCACAGGUACUACAGGCCUGACCUUAGCAUACCUGAAAUACCUCCUAAGCCUGGAGAACUGAGAACUGAACUGUUGGGUCUAAAAGAAAGAUCAAGCGAAGUUCAGACUUCACAACAGUGACCAGAGUUUAUUUUUGUUGUGAAAACUAGAACUGAUAAAAUACUUAUCCAACUGUUUAGGUUGCAGAAAUACAUAUGUCAAAUACUGUGCUCUUGUCGUGUGUCUUUGCUUUCCUUUGAGCAGUUGCAGGCAGCAUUAAAAAUAAACAUACAGUAAAUGCUGUUGGUAAAAGUCCCA